ACGUGUAGUGCUCGGCGAGGGACCCUGUCGUGUCUGUGUGGUGAUGGCGGAUGAUGGGGGCGGCCCCCAGUGAGCCGUGUAUCUACGAGAAGCUGGCUGACAGUGUGGAGGUGCUGCGGCAGUCCGGCGAGCGCUAUGGCAUGUCCGAGCGCGAUAUUGAGCGGUUCAUCGCCCAGAUCCUGGAGACCAACGAGCCGCAGCGGGAAGUGGUCAGACACCCGCGGCUCCUGACAGCGGCCAAGGUUGUGGUAGCCCUGGGACUUCUCAUAACUGCAGUUUAUUCCUUCGUCAUUCCCUAUGGCAGAUCUCAUUGCCAGGGUGCAGUCACAGAAGACCAGAGCUGGCGAAGUCCGAUAAUUAGUCAUAUCCGUCUUUUUUGUCUACCAAUUGCCAAAAAAUACAAUCUGGAAGCUUUUCAAGAUUGGGAAUGCUCUGGGUGUGCACGGCUGAUACCUAAUUGUACUGAAUGUGCUGCCUUGACCACUGUCGGAACAGUGAAUGACAUGAAACAUAUUUCCAAGUAUAAUCAUCGGAUAGUUCAACCAGUUGUAAUAAAGAGUGGGUCAACCGUGUCAUUGUCAUAUGAGGAUUUGAAACACUUAUAUUCAGAAUACAAGGAGAUCAUGGAUGUGUAUGCUGAUGUUGGAGAUUAUGCUGAAAAUGAAGCCAACAAAAACUCAUAUCACUUUCCUGAAGAAGAAUCCAACCUGAUUGUUCACUGGAAAAAGCAACGUAUAAAUGGGAUACAUAUUCUUCAAAUGCUUUUUCCAAAUUCAAGCAUACUACCUUUUGAAAGUAAGGUAUCCCUGAAGAAGUGUAUAAUAGCACCCAGUCGUGGCUCUCCUUUCCAACUCCUGUCCCACCAGCUUCAGGUUGGACACAGCUGGCUGUUUGUAGGUGGGGGUAAUCUGAAACUUCAUAUUAAUGCCUCUGAGAAAUGUGCAGAACAAUGUGGUUCAUUUUUAGUUCUGCUUGAAGAAGGUGAUAUUGUUUAUGCGAAUUCAAAUUAUUGGCGGAUGACCAUUUUACCAUCAGGAGAACAAACAGUCGUUAUUUGUGUCGGAUCCAUCUAACUGAAGACGUUCCCAGUGCCGUUAGAUGAAUGUUUUGGUUGUGUGCAAGUACUCAAUGUUUAUCCAGUUUAAAACUGUUAUUUAAAUGCAUGUCUGUGGACAGAUGUACAUUCCAAAAUGUGUUUUAAUUUGUACUGUUAGAUUGCACUUUGGCUGAUCUAUGUUGGCAAUAUUGCACAACAAUCCAGAGUGUAGUUUGCACAUCGGUAACUUUUGAAUUAGUCCAAAACAACUUUACAGAAUUCCAGAACUGGCUGCCUGUAAUGAAAAGUUAGUUCAGAAAAUGUUAAAUAUUUUGAAGCAAAAUCUACAUAAACUUUUUGAUUGUUCACUGCCUCUGUUACCUGAUGCAGGAUAAAUUAUUAAUGUUUUCAGGGAGAUAUGACUACUAAUUAUAUGUUGCAUUUGGUCUAUAAAUAGAAGUUAAUUAUUCAAAGAAUGAACUGAGGCAUGAGAGAAUUUAGGGGAAUAGGUGGCAAAUAUUCCCCCACUAAAAGAAAAUAAUGGAAGAUUACUAAUUAUUUUGCAUAAGGCAUGGUUUAUAUUUUUUCUUUUUUUUAAAAGAUUAAGUUAUGUGACUUUUAAGUAAUAUUUGUGUGUGAAAUAUGGUGGCUUUCGGGAACUGGCAAUAAUUUUAAUAUAGCCUCACCGUGUACAUAGUUUCAAAACAACUUUGUAAAAUUUUGCUUUGUGUAUAUAUACAUAUAAAUAUAUAUAAAAUAUAUUUGUAUAUUUGUGUAAAGGUAAGAAAUCCUUGAAAGAUGUUGCCUAUUGAUUUUUUUGAUAAAUGAACAUUUAAGUCAAAAGAUAACUGUUACAUAUAAUGUUCAAGCAGCAUAGUGUUUUGUUCAAAUUAAAGAAAAAAAUCAAAGUGCGAUUAUAGCCUUUCAUUUUCAGCAUUGUAGGAGAGGAUGAGAACAGAAAUAAUUAAAAUUUCCUUAAGUAUGUACAAGAAAUGAUUGUAAUACAGAUGCUGCACUAGUGAUGCAUGCCGUGGCCUGCAAGUUGCUACUAAUGGACACUACAUUACAACAACAAAAUAACACACAAAUUGUUCAUCUGUGUACAACGGGAACAGGGAAUGGGUCACCUUUCCAUGUUUUAAUUUGUCAAAGGAUCAUGAGAAGCCAAUUUUGGUGAUGGCACUUAAAUCAGUGUGAAUCUUGGUAGCAUUUGCAAGUGUGAGGUGAUGCACUUUGGUAGGAGUAACCGGAAGGCAAAGUACAGGGCUAAUGGUAAGAUUCUUAGCAGUGUAGAUGAGCAGAGAGAUCUCUGUGUCCAUGUACACAGAUCCUUGACAGUUGCCACCCAGGUUGACAGGACUGUUAAGAAGGCAUACAGUGUUUUAGCUUUUAUUAAUAGAGGGAUCGAGUUCCGGAACCAAGAGGUUAUGGUGAAGCUGUACAAAACUCUGGUGCGGCCACACUUGGGAGUAUUGUGUACAGUUCUGGUCACCGCCUUAUAAGUAGGAUGUGAAAGCUUUGGAAAGGGUGCAGAGGAGAUUUACAAGGAUGUUGCCCGGUAUGGAGGGAAGGUCUUACGAGGAAAGGCUGAGGGACUUGAGGCUGUUUUCAUUAGAGAGAAGAAGGUUGAGAGGUGACUUAAUUGAAACAUAUAAAAUAAUCAGAGGGUUAGAUAGGGUGGAUCGGGAGAGCCUUUUUCCUAGGAUGGUGACAGUGAGCACGAGGGGGCAUAUUGAGGGGUGAAAGAUAUAGGAUAGAUGUCAGAGGUUUCUUUACUCUGAGUAGUAAGGAAAUGGAAUGCUUUGCCUGCAACGGUAGUAGAUUCGCCAACUUUAGGUACAUGUAAGUCGUCAUUGGACAAGCAUGUGGAGGUUAGAUGGGCUUGAGAUCCGUAUGACAGGUUGGCACAACAUCGAGGACUGAAGGGCCUGUACUGUGCUGUUAUGUUCUAUGAUGUGGAUAAACUUAAGUAUUUGUUUAGUUCUUAACACUUGAUGUUUAAUGUCUUUCUCUUUUUUGCUUAGGUAAGUGAGGAAACAAAAUGGAUGCUCAAAAGCACACUUAAGAUUCCAUAAAGCAAACUAAUAUUUGUGCAUUCUUUUGUUUACCAAAAAGAAUGACUAUCAACAAAAUGGUUUUAAAACAAAUAUUAUAAAUGGUUUUAAAGUUCAAUAAAUCAUGAUUUGUUCUUUACGGUGGAGGUUAGAUAGACUUUACCUUUCAGGUGAAAGUUCAGCGCAACAUAGUGGGCCAAAGGGCCAUUACUGUGCUGUACUGUUCUAUGUUCUGUGAUAUUUUGCCCUGUGGAUAUUUUCCCACUUUCUACAAAAGGGCUGUGAAAUUGUCUGAACUGGAUGCCAUCAUUUCAAUUAUUAUGAUAGAUGUUGCCAUAAAUUCAGAUGCAUAGCAAUUUCAAAAUGGCUUUUAUUUUUGUUAUGCUAUUAAAGUUAGGUUAAUUGUUUUAUCGGUUGAACAGUUUGGAUCUGAAUUGUUGGCUUAUGUAAUCUUGCAUCAGGUGCUGCAACCAAGUAACUGACAUUUUAAAUAAAUUGUUUUUAUUUAAACAUGCAUAGUUUUGCUGGAUCAAGAUGAGACACAGACAUUUCACAUUUUGAUUCACGCCCAUCUUUAUUCACCACAGAGAUUAUGCUGCUGUACCAAUGACUCCCGUUCUCCUGUUCUUCUUUGGUAAACAAUAUAAAUUGACAACGCCCUUAUUGGUCUUUUCCCUUAUUUUAACAAACUAGUGGGACUAAAGACAGGAACGCCAGCAAAGAAGGCUUUUAAAGGAGGUGGCUACAGAGAUAGUGGAUGUUUUGGUUAAAAUAUACCAGCAGUCAGUGGGCUUUGUGUUGGUUGCAGCAAAUGGGAAAACUGCUAAUCUGUCAUCCCUGUUCAUGUAGGAGGGAGUCAGAAAACAGGAAAUUAUAGCCCAUUAUCAACUAGCAUUGGGAAAAUACUAAUAUCUGUUACUAAAGAACAAGCAGCAGGAUAUUUAGAAAAGCUUAAUGAAAUUAAAGUCUUAUGGUCUUGGGAAGUGGAAAUCAUGUUUGACAACUUUGCAAGAGUUCUUUUGAAGAUAUGAUAAGCAGAGUUGAUAAAAGGGAACCACUAGAUUUAUUGUAUUUGGAUUUUCAGAGGGUAUCUGAUAAUGUGUAGUCUAACAGGUAAUUGCACAAGAUUGAAGUGCUCAAUUUUGGGUCAUGGAUUGAGGAUUGAUGCAAGACAAGAGUUAAGAUUAGUUUUUUUCAGGCUGGAAAGACUUGAGCGUUGUGAGGAUCAUCCUGGGGAUCGGUUAUUUAUUAUCCAUAAUACAGACUUGGAGGAAGGGGCCCAAUAACACAUCCAGAUAUGCUGAUGAUACAAAAUAGCAAGAGGGCUUAGUGCAGUAAGGACAUAAGGCAUCUGCAAGUGGAUGCAAUGGAUUGUGAGUGGGCAGAAACAUAGAUUGUUUAUUGUAGGAAAAUGAGAAUUGAUGCCAUUUGAUCAAAAGAAUUGAAAGGCAGACCACUUAAGAGACUCCAAGAAAGUGCAGCACCAAGAUCAGUGUGUUUUUAAGAAUGAACCACAAGAUUAGCAUCAGGUAUAGCAAAUAAAUAAGAUGGAAAAUGGAAUUUUGGCCUUUGUUGGAGGUUGGAUUUAAAAUUUAGGCAAGUUUUGUUAUAGCUAUACACAGUGGUGUGGCUUCAACUGGAAUAGUUUAUCCCCAUACUUCAGAAAGGGUAUGGUUGCUUUGGAGACAGUUCAAAAGAGAUGAACUAGGCUAAUUUCUGGAAUGAAGCAAUUUACUUAGUAAAGCUGGUUAGGCCUUUGUUCAUCAGAAUUCAGAAAAAUAAGAAUCCUCUUGAAACAAGGUUGAGGGAGCUUGACAAUAGAUGGUGACAAUUUUAAACUUGGGGUCAUAGUUAUAGUAUAAGAGAUACUGAUUUAAAACUGAGAUAUAAAGGAAUUCCUUCCGGUUGAGUAUGAAUGUCUGGAAUUCUGUACUUUAGUGCUUUGGACACGAGAUCACUAGUUUUUAAAGAGGGCAGAGGUACACUUUUGAAAUAUCGGAGUGGGGGGCGUGAGUAAAAUGCUGUGAUGUGUUGGCACAAAAGAGUUGAGUUCUGUGACUAGUUGAAUGGAAGGUCAGGCCUGAGGGACCAAAUGGCUUGCUUCUGCUCCUAUUUCUUAUGUUAGGGUCAUGGAGUUUUACAACAAGAAAGAGGCCCUUCAACCCAUCAUUUCAAUGCCAGUCAUCAUGCACUUAUCUACUUGGUUUCAUUUUCUAGCAAUUAGCUGGUAGCCUUGGAGCUUCAAGAUCACCUCAGUACAUCUUAAAUGUUGUGUUGGUUCCUGCCUCUAUCGCCCUUUCAGGCAGUGAGUUCCAGAUACCCACACCCUCUAGAUGAAAUUUUUUUUCCUUAAAUCUCCUAUAAACCUUCUGUCCUUUAGCCAGGUCUCUCGGAUAUAAAGUAUUGAUCACUGUACUAAGGGGAAAAUUUUAAUCCUAUGCAUGCUGUCAAUACAUUCAAUUUUGUACACCUCAACCAGAUCCUCCAUCACCCUUCUCUGCUCAAAGGAAAACUGCCCCGUCCUAUAUGAAAUGAUCUAGCCCAGACAAGAUCCUGAUAAAUUUCCUCUGCACCCCACUAUCGCAUCCUUUCUUACAGUGGUGACUAGAACUACACACGCAUUAUAGCUGUGGCCAUAGUGCAGUGUCUAAUGCAGUGGCUCCUCUUCAGGAUUUGUCUGGGCACCAUCCACUAUUGCUUCAAUCUCUUAUCCCCCUGCCAAAUUAACUCCCUUGCUAAACUACAUUAAACUCCCAUCAGCACCUGUGUCUGUGGCAUUUUGUUAAAGUUUAUUAUCAGUAACUGUAUUUGACACCAAAAAUAGUCAAUUAAGAAUUAUAGGAGCAUUACAGUGCAGAAGCCCACCAUUUGGUCCAUUGUGGGUGCACCAACUGGUUAAAUGAACAUUGCAUUGAAUUGACUUUGUCACCAUACAUGAGUACUGUGCAAAGUUUACAAGUUGCCAUUUAUAGUACCGUUUUAGAUACAGAUUCUUGAGUACAAAUUCUUCUGAGAAAGGUUAGAAACGUAAGGAAAUAAAGGUAGGCAUUACAGACCUUUUGAAAUUAGAGAAAAUUAUAGUAAUACAAAAUUUAGAAUAAUAGUCAUUACCUAAUGCCAAUCUCCUGUUUUCUCCCCAUACUGUUGCAUAUUACUUUCAUUCCAAUAACCAUCCAAUGCUUCUUGAAUGCCUCAAUUGAACCUGCCUCUACUGCACUUCCAAGCAGGGCAUUCCAUACCCAUCCAUACUUACUGAAUGAAAAUAUUUUUCUUCACUUCUCCCUUGCUGCUUUGGCAGAUCACUUGAAAUCUAUGAACUCCAGUUCCUUUUAUGAGCAGGAACAGUUUUUCCUGUUUAUCUCACUUGUGUUUUUGAAAGCCUCCGUUAAAAUCUCCUCUUGGCCUUCUUGCAAAGGAGAGCAGUCCCAACUUCUUCAAUUAUCCCCAUCAGUAAAAUUCCUCAACCAUCAAACCAUUCUUGUAAACCGUAUCUACACUUUCUCUAAUCUUUCUCUAAUCUCUCCUUGUAAUGUGCUGCUCUGAUAUACUGUACUGUAGCUGAGGCCUAACGAGUGUCUUGUAUGAGUUCAGCAUCAUCUCAAUGUACCUGUAUAUUCUGCUCACAUUGAUUAAAGCUGAGGAUAGUGUAUGCUUUGCUUACUGCUCUCUACCUGUCUGCCACUUUCAAUGAUCUGUGCACAUAUUCACUCAAGUACCUAUAUACCUUUAAAUUGUACUCCUCAUUUUACAUUGUCUUACAUAUUGGUAGGUAGAACAUUGUAUCACCACCUGUCUUUUCUGCACUUCAGAUGACUCAGGUCAAAAAUCACAUGACACCAGGUUAUAGUCCAACAGGUUUAUUUGAAAGUACUAGCUUUGAGCUCUGCUCCUU